AGCCUAAAUGGCUCCAAGCCUAAUCCCCCUAGGCAAAAGGAGGGGUGUGGGAAGGUCUGGUGGCACUUGGGAGCACCAGUGCCACGCUUUUGUCCAUGGGCUCUGCUGGCCCCGUGCUCCAGGAGGGGCCUGGAAGUGAAGGGGAGAGUCAGGGGGGGCUCAGGCCCUGGAAAGCAGCUCAGGACACGGGGUGAGAUCAGCUGAGAUGGCUCAGCCAGGCUGGGGGGAUGAGGAAUGAGCUGCCUGACCUGGGUAGGUCAUGAUUGAGGCCAAACCUGUGAGCCCUGGCCAGGGAGAGGCCGGCAGGGAUGAGGAUGAGGAUGGGCUGAAACUCCCGGUGCCCCGGCUGCCAGCCCCGGGUCCAUCCUCAGAGGGCAGGGAGAGCUGAAAGCCACACACAGCCAGGGUUCACCCUGCUCUUCCAGGUGCUGAGAUGCCUUUGGCAUCUUCAGAAAGGAUUUUGGGAAGAAAUUCUUCCCUGGCAGGGUGGGCAGGGGCUGGGAUGGAAUUGCCAGAGCAGCUGGGGCUGCCCCUGGAUCCCUGGCAGUGCCCAAGGCCAGGCUGGACAUUGGGAGCUCCUGGGACAGUGGGAGGUGUCCCUGCCAUGGCAGGGGAUGGGCUUUAAGUUCCAUUUCUAAUUCUGGGAUUCUAUGACCUUAUCAACACCCCCAAAUAUCUUCAAGGCAGGUGCCAAGGGGAUGGGGCCAGGCUUUUCAGUGGUGCCCAGCAAAACCUGCAACACACAAAGUUUCACCUGAAUAUGAAGGAAAACUUUCCUGUGGUGGUGACAAAGUGUUGGAAGAGGCUGCCCAGAGAGGCUGAGGAGUCUCUUUCUCUGGAGAUACUCAAAACCUGCCUGGACAUGAUUGUGUCAGCAGGAAAAACCUUUCUGUGCUCUGAGGCAUUAAAGUAGGACAGGAGGCAGCCCCAGGAGCAUUGAUGGGUACAGGAGUCAGCUCUGGGGAUAGUACACAACGCUGGCUACCCACUUAUCAUGUUACCUGCUGAUGCUGAGAGGUAUUUAGGCCUUGUUUGCACAAGUUGUAGUAGAAUUUUACAUAUUUGAUGUAAUUAAGCGAGCAUUGUUCCACCCCCCCUGUAGCAGAGGUGCUGUUAUAAAAUCAGUGAAUUUAAAUCGUUCAGAGUGAGGUACCUGGUGUGUCUUGUCUGCCAAAGGUGUGGGCUUAGAACUGCAGAAUCACAGAGUGGUUUGGGUUGGAGGGAACCUUAAAAUUCAUCCCAUUCCAUCCCCUGCCAUGGGCAGGGACACCUUCCACUAUCCCAGGCUGCUCCAAGCCCCAUCCAACCUGGCUUUGGACACCUCCAGCCACUGGGCAGUCACAGCUGCUCCAGGCAAAACCCAUCCAUUUUGCAUCAGCAGAAUUAUAAUCCUGUGAAUCUGAGGGUAGAAACCAUUUUGCUGCCUUACAAGUAGGUUUUACUGGAAACAAUUUUCCUCGUUAUUAGAUUGAUCCGCACUGCUGAUGUCUCUUUGUAAGAAGAACUGCACCCAUUGAAGGUGCUGAGGCUGUUAUUUCAACAAGACUCCUCCUCCUGACUGAAAUAAAUCUGUAGAUUUCUGUAGAAAAGUCUUGAAAAGCUCUACGUGAAAACUGGGUUUGAUUUUGCAUGAGAGUGAAUAUCCUUCCAGUGCAGUCAGGCAGUGAAGCCAUCAAAACAUCCCAUUCCUACAGCAAGUGGCAGAGUGUAAAUCAGUGACCCUCUUCAUCUACAAGAGCUCCUGAGCCUGUCCCCAAGCUGCCUUAUCAGCACAUGUGCUCAGGGAAACCCAAGGACAGAGCUCCUACUCACAUUUCUCAUCCUGGUGAAAAAACAAACCAUAGCAAACCUCAACCCCGGCAAACAAUGGCAACUUUUGGUGUGUGUUUGCAGCCUGACCUUAUCCCUGCCUGACUUACACUCUGGGAAACUCGGGUGUGGAAAGAUUUAUUGUCACUUAGCCAGUGUCCACCCAGACUCAGAGGAGAGGACAGCACGGAGCCACCGCUGCAGCCAGCGACUCAAGCUGCCAAAUUUCUGCUUGAAGAAUGGAUGGGGAGUGCUGGGGGGGCUGAGUUUGGGGCUGAGUCUGGCUUGGAAGGCAGAAACACCCCUUGGUUCAAGCAGAAUUUUAAGUCAUAUGAGGAGGGGUUUAUGGGGUUUUUUAGUCUGGAGAAAAGGAGGCUCAGAAGGGACCUUGUCACUCUCUGUGGCUCCCUGACAGGAGGGGACAGCCAGGUGACCUCUGCUCCCAGGGGACAGGACAAGAGGGAACGGCCUCAGGCUGGGCCAGGGGAGGCUCAGGGUGGACAGCAGCAGGAAUUUGCCCAUGGAAAGGGAGCUCAGGCCUUGGCAGGGGCUGCCCAGGGAGCUUUGCAGUGCCCAUCCCUGGAGGUGUCACCUGGAGGUGGCACUCAGGGCUCUGGGCUGGGGACAAGGUGGGCAUCGGGCACAGCUGGGACUCCAUGGGCUGGGAGGGCUUUUCCAGCUUUAAUGAUCUGUGAAUAUCCUGCUCUAUGAGCCCCAUCUCCUCCUCAUCCUCUGAACAGCAUCCACUCUCUUUUUUUUUUUUUUUUUAAAUUUGAUCUGGCCUCUUUUGAUGACUAAGGGAACAGGAAGAUUGCGGUUUAAGUACAUAAUUUUCAUUUGAUGUGACAGGUUAAAGCUAUGUGCAUUUAGAGCAGGCUUAGAUUAUUUUAGUUCAAUUGCAACACUGAUUUAGGCCCUGACUCACUCUUUGAGGCCUGACUUCAUGUAGAUAUAUGUUGGCUUAAAUCUGCUGCUGGUGAACUGCAGGCACAUGUGUGCAUUGCUCUGCUGAGAUGCUGGGGUAGGGGUGGACUCACUCAGCAAACACAGCCCUGAAUCAGAGGCAGGGAGAAGUAGAUUGUGCUUGUUGGGUGGGUUUUUUUUUUUCCCCCAGCACAAAGGCCAUACUCCAGAGUUUAUUUUCCAUCCCCCUGUGCCCCUCCCAGACACUGGGCUGUGUAAUCUGCCCGUGCAGCGAGUGCUUUGAGGCCAAGUGCCCUGGAGCCUCCCUGGCUUUGCUGACAGCUGGGCAGCCUAAAAACCGUGGAGAAGCAAAUUGCUAAAACUCACAGAGCAGGCUGGGAGCAGUGACCUGGAGGUGACUGGCCUGGCUGGAGGGAGUGGAAACUGCCUUACAUGGAUUGGCAAUGUGUUCUGCCCUGUACAGAGCCCCUGUGAGCCCCCAGGGCGCUGCUGCAGCCAGCUCUGGGUGCCCAGCAUGAGACACACGUGGAGCUGAUGGAAUGAGAACAGAGCAAGGAUGAGGGGCUGGAUGAGGGGCUGGAGCACCUCUGCCUUAGAGACAGGCUGGGAGGGCUGGGAUUGUUCAGCCUGGAGAAGAAAAGCCUUCAGGGAGACCUCUGAGACCCCUCAGUUAAUGCAUUAUAAGAGGGUUGGAGAGGGGAUUUUCACAAGGGCCUGGAGUGACAGGAGAAGUGGGAAUGGCCUUGAGCUGAAGGAGGCCAGGGCUAGAAGAGAUAUGAGAAAGAAAUUGUUCCCUGGCAGGGUGGGCAGGCCCUGGCACAGGGUGCCCAGAGCAGCUGGGGCUGCCCCUGGAUCCCUGGCAGUGCCCAAGGCCAGGCUGGACAUUGGGAGCACCUGGGACAGUGGGAGGUGUCCCUGCCAUGGCUGGGGUGGGAUGAGAUGAUCUUUAAGGUCCUUUCCAACCCAAAUCAUUCUGUGAUUCUAUGAUUCUCAGUUUAGGGCUGUCCUGAUGGCAGUGUGAUGCUCAGCAGCGAUGUGGGCAGAGGUUGGGGCUCCAGCCCCAACAUUGUUUUCCUGUUUUCCAUGGGAAAAUGUCUCAUUUCCAGGUGGAGGGAGGAUAAUUUGCAUGCAGAAGCUUUUGUGUGUUCAGUAGCUGUCGGACUUUAUAGGUCAGCCUGUGACAAAGGAAGUGCUAGCACUUUCCCAAAACUAAAGGCAAGGUUUUUUUAGGAACUUGGAGUACAAAGGAGAGAGUCAUGCAUGCAGAGGGAGGCACAGACAUUCUUAGGUGCCUUAGCUAAUGCUUCCUUAUUACAGGAAACUAAAGCUACCCGAGAGUGUUUCUUUGAAUAAUUAAAAAAAAAAAAGAAAAAGCUUUGUGGGGCAGUCCUUUCUGCAGCAAAUCUGGAAGUGGAUCUGGACCUCUCCUCUCACUCGUAUUUCUCAAAGUACAACAAGCAAACAGCGUUUUGUGUGUCUCCUUAACUACAUCCCUCCAUCUCCAGCCCUGGAGUGGAGGGGGAGGAGAAAGGGAGCUGCCAGCAGCUCUCAGUGAUUGAUUCGUCUCGUGUUUUCUUAUGCUGCGCUCUAACAACUCGCUUAAAAAAAAAAAAAUAUAUAUAAAAAAAGAAGACAAUGACAAAUCAAAGCGAAUAUUUUCUCGCUAGAAAUUCAAAGUGCCCUGGGUCGUCCCUGAGUAUUUUGCUAUUAAAUGUGCGGCUUUAUCCAUCACGUUCGUCUGGGAGUUUUGGGUUUUUUUGGUUGUUUCUUUUUUUUCCUGCUGGAGCUCGCAGCGUUUAGAGGAGCAAUGUCUUUUCCCCCGGAGCCAUUUGCUUCGAUAAUUGCCGUGGUGUGAAGCUGUCGCUGGCUGCUGUCACCAGGGGACAGUUCACGAAGACGCGGCCGAGGAUGAGCCCCUGGCCGGGGCUGCGGGGACAGGACAGGGACACAGCCGGGCAGCUGUAGCCGCCAUCCCGCCGGGAAGAGCCGCCCGCCGCCGGAGGAUGCGCUGGGAGAGCCUGGGGAGAGGAGCUGCCUUCCCCAGCUCCAGCCCCACAGAAAGACCAGGAUCAGUUAGGACAAAGCCAGGGCAGUGUUCUCCCCCCUGUCCUGCUGGGAGCUCGGAUCAAAUGCUGAAAAAAAAGAAGAUCCACGAGGCACAGAUGAGGAAAAACAACAAGCACUACUACUUGUGAAUGAGGCUGCAAUAAAUAAUUUGGUUUGGGGCCACAGAAUUUUUGAAGAAUGGCGCUUCUAUAACUCAGAGAACUGGACUUUUGGAGUCCUGACAGUGGCAACAAAAGCCUAAGGACGAAAUUUCCUCAUGGCUUUGUUUAUGAAGAUAAGAGGAAAGGAGGAGGAUGCAUCCUCUGGUUCAAAAGAUUCCUGUGCCACAAAGGCCUUCCCUCCUGCCAUGAGCUUGAUUCUUCUUUAGGCAUCUGGAGCAGCUGACCCAACUUCAAAAAUGUGACUCAUGGCCCCUCCAGCAAAAGGAUCAGGAGCAGCUUCUGGGUUGGUACAAGAGCCCCACGGGACACAGAGGUGAUGAAGAUGAGAGGAACCUGGCUGGGUGUGCCCAUUGGACACCUGCUGGCUCUGGGACACAGGCACAAAUGGAGAAAUAUGGUGGAUUCCAGAAAGUUCAGGCUGUUUGUGUGCCUGCUGGGGCUCAGCAGUGCCAGCCUCUGGGCUCUCUACAGCUGGACAGAGCUGUGCGUGCUGUGUGAGAGCAGCCAGGGUUACAUCUUCCCCACGGGGACUUUCAGGAGGGUGGAAGGGAACUUCUCACAGCUCCCAGACAUCGACUGCCACAAGAACCCUCCUUUCCUCGUCCUGCUCGUGGCGUCCUCGUUCCAGCAGGUGGAUGCCAGGAUGGCCAUCCGGCACACUUGGGGCAAGGAGAGGACAGUGGCUGGCAAGCGCCUGGUGACGUUUUUCCUCCUGGGGAGCCCCGUGGAUCCCAGCCAGCAGGCUGACAUCGCUGCUGAGAGCCAGAGGUACAGAGACAUCAUCCAGAAGAACUUUACAGACACCUAUUACAACCUGACCCUGAAGACCAUGAUGGGGAUGGAGUGGAUUCACAGGUUUUGUUCCCAGUCCAGCUUCGUGAUGAAAACCGACACCGACGUGUUUGUCAACGUUUUUUACCUCACUGAGCUGCUCCUGAGGAAAAAGAAGACUGCUGGAUUCUUCACAGGCUUUUUAAAACUGCACGAGUACCCCAUCAGGACGAGAGGGAGUAAGUGGUAUGUGAGUAGGGAAGAGUACCCAGGAACCACCUACCCACCCUUUUGUUCUGGGACUGGAUAUGUUUUAUCCAGUGAUGUAGCCAGCCAGAUCUACAACGUUUCUGAGAGUGUUCCAUUCAUUAAACUGGAGGAUGUGUUCAUAGGACUGUGCCUUGACAAAUUAAAAAUUGGGCUGGAGGAGCUUCACUCGGAGCAGACGUUUUUCCCAGAAAGGAUCAGGUUCUCUGUUCCUCGCUUUAAGAAAAUCGUGACGUGCCAUGAAAUAAAACCAUCUGAGCAGCUGAGCUACUGGAACCACUUGGUGGCAGGAGCUCCAGGAGGAGUGCUCUAGCACCCACCCUGCUCCACUUAGCAAAAUGAAAUUCUCUGCUUCUACAGGGCUGCUCCCCACUCCGGCAAACUCCCAAUAACUCCAGCUCCAUCGCGUUAAAGACUUUGGAAAUGGUUAUUUUAAUCACAGAAUCAGAGAAUUGUUAAGGUUGGAAAAGACCCCCAAGAUCAUUGAGUCAAACCUUUGACUAAACACCACCUUGUCAACUAAACCAGAGCAAUGAGUGCCACUUCCAAUCAUUCCUUGAAUCCCUCCCUGGGCCCUUCCAGUGCUUAACCACCCUUCCUGUGAAAAAAUUCCCUAUUUCUGCCCAAGAACAUGCAAACCUCCUUCUCUCCCAUUCACUCCCACCUUUGUGCAUCCCUUCUCUAGACAAGUUACAAUUAUUAUUUAAUUUUUUUUCCCCCCCUGAAACAUUCAGGCCUGCUAACCCACCCCCCAAAUCUUGCUGCCAGAGGCCUGGGAACAUUUCUGCUGUGCCAAACAAAAACUCAAAGUACUUUUGUUCAGAGAAUGAAAUCUGCACCAUCUUCCUGGUCACCCUUGAUAAAUUACUGCACCCAUCUGUGCAGGCAUUUAGGGAAUAAUAUUUGUAGCUGUCAGGAUGGAAGCUGCAGCCCUGCCCUUGCAGCCAGCUCUGUGUGGGCUGAGCUGCAUCCUGGCACAGAUCCCUCCUUCAGUCUACACCAAGUUUUUUUUCUGCAGAAUUUGCCCAUGCAAUGCUCUGGGGACAACCUUGGGCACUGCAGGUCACCUGGUGGACAGGUAAAAGCUGCUGCAGCUGUUUCCUUGUGUGUGCUUCUUGCUGAAAAUAAUCCGUGGUGGAGCCAGCGGAGGGUGUCCUGCUCUUCCUAUUAAAAUAGACCCUGGAGACAUCUUUUAUAUUUGUCUCACUUUGAUUGCCUGAGAACCACUCUGAAUGGUUUGCCAAGGCUAAACUAGAGUCACUUACAGUGAUUUUGACUUUUUUUUUCCCACAAAGAAGCUGGGUGUGUGAGGGAGAAGACAGGAGGAUUUUUCUCUUUUGAACAAGACCGAGUGGGAAAAUGUGCUCAGGAAAUAAUUCAGACUGGGAACCCUAUUUCUUAUCUCCCAAGCAGAAAGUCAUGAAAUCUCUGGGAUGAUUAUAAGUUUCAGAGAUAAGGAGUGGGAUCUUUACAGCAGAUGCUGAAAAAUCCUUCAGGGCUCUGAGGAGGGAGAAAGAAGUUCAGAAAUGCUCCCUUAUGCAAUGCUCCUGAUUUUCCUGCAGGCACAGGCGAGGUCAGUGCUAUCAGCAUGGAAUGCCUGUAAUGUCUGUGUGAAGGGUUUUUUUCCAAAAAGCAGUGAAAGUGGAGCUGUUCCCAAGGGGAACUGAGGGGAUCUGACACCCGCCAUGGUAAAAGCACAGAAGAAAGACAGGGAAAUGGAUUUUAUGAUUUUGGUGUUAUUUAUUUUUAUUGUUUCUUUUUAUUGAAAAAAGAAAAAGGAUUUUUCUUUCUUUCUUUCCUUCUUUUCAAAUCCUUCUUGGCAAGGAUUUCCCAAGUAUCUCAUUUUACUUGCCUGUGUCUGAAGAGCAGGAUAAAUAUUUUCAGCAGGAAAAUCCUGUGAAUCCUGUUUAAUAAUGGUCAUCAUAAAAUACUUGUUUUCCUCUGGUGUAGAGUAACCUGAGAUCAUGCACUUACUUUGACCACUGAUGAUGAAAGAAACAAUAUUUAUUUGUUUGUCAGAAGAAUAGCCUUCUUAAUUUUAAGAUUUUUUUAUAAACUUUUAACAUUUUAUUUAAAGAAUUAAAAUGUUUUAAUAGCUCAAUUUUACUUAAAAUUCAGCUAUUUUCUGAAUACUUUUGCUGCCUUCAGAAGGUGUGAAGGGUCAGACUGAUAAAGUCAAGCCAACAUUUUUUUAAUCACUAUGCUUUCCAUGUAAUAUGCAGAAAUAUCUUGUGUCAUUCAUUGCUCUUGUGCCCAAACUGGUUAUUCCUUUAAUUUAUGGAAAAAAGGUGAGCAGAAAGGAAUGUUUCCUGGUCAUUCCUAGCUGCCUGUCUUCAGGGGCAGAGGUCUGUGAGCAUCAUCAGCCUGAUGUUCUCUCCUUGUUC